UGCAGUAGCAGACACGCCAGCGCCCCUUGGUCCAGUACUCUUAAGCUGGCGAGUCGAUCGGACUAUUUAGCUGCCCUUGAAGCCUGCACCCUUCGUUAUUGAUAUGGCUUCCUAAAGCUCUUGAAAUAUCGCUUUCCUUCUUGAUACCUGUUCCUCUUUCUAUCUAGCUCUCUGCUUGGCGGCCUGUUGCUAGCUAAGCUCUUUAGAGUACACGAAGAUUUUAUGCUAACUCUCCUUCAGUCACAAAAUGAGCCGAGCAAGAAGAGAGUCUCUAGAGGCUCUGAAGAACUGGGUCCUGGGGAGGUCAUCUCAAGUGACAAAAUUAGCCUCAGGUCAAGGCAUCGCUGGGACCAGAGCUGCACCCUCCCAAUCCGGUUCGAACGAUACGACGAUUGGCUCGCGCUUGGAUAACGGCGAGAAGGUUAUGAAAGACGGCAAGGAAUACAAGCGAUAUAAGUGGCAGAUCAACAAGAAUGCAGAGAAUGCAACGCUGAAGGAAUUGGCAAACAAAGAUUCCCACAAAGUAUGGGCAGAAGCGGAUAUUCCGGUUACUUCUGAUGCGUCCGCGGCGAAGGAGGCAGUUGAGCAGUUGUUUGAAGACCUGAAGAAAAAUAUGAAGGAGUAAGGGCGGAAGUGUAUGCACGUUUUUACCUAGUUCGUUCGUGAUGCUGGUGGGGUCUUGUCGAAGCUCUGUACAUACCAACAGAGGAGAUUGGAUGUUCCCUAGAAAGAUGACAUUCAGAGCAUUUGGGGCACUUCCUUAACAGAGAAUGAAGGUUCCUGAUGACGGCGGGCCGUCCUCGCUAGGACUUGCGGCUUCGUAGACGCUCCGGUUCCAUCCUGUUUACAC